AUGCUGGGUCUAAUCCGCACGAGUUGCACAUCACUCACUAGAGGUGCUCGAGCACAAGCACAAGUGGUUCAAUAUGCCGGCCGGUCCAUGUCAACUCAGUCUUCCUCUAUAUUAGAUAGAGCACAUGGUCUUAAUGAAGAUCAACGUAUGUUGCUGGAUAUGGCUGAUGGUUUUGCUGAGAAGGAGUUGAAGCCAUAUGCUGCUGAAUGGGAUAGGACUGAG